AUGAACCAAGAAAUUGAUCGAAACAACAGCAGCAUCCGCCAAGAGCGCCCAACCGGAGGUAGCACAACCAUUCGGAAGCAACUGCCAAUGGCUCCCACAACUACGGCUACCCUGCCUCCGUCUUCAAGUACUGCUACUGCCACCAUGAAGACUCUUCAGAACCACACGGUAACGGAUGAGUGGGACUUGAAAUACCGCGAACUGCAAGCGUACCACAAACGCCAUGGUCAUGCAUCGCCAUUGGAUCGCAAGAAGAAUGGGCAGCAUUCCAAGUUAUUUCUCUGGGUCGAUCGACAACGUCGUCAAGCAGCAACACUAACUCCCGAACAACGUGCCAAACUCGACCAAUUGCAGUUUGAUUGGACCAUUACGAAUAGUAAUGACAAUGACAAUGACAAUGACAAUGACAAUAGCGAAGACUGGCAGACCCAUUAUGCCCUAUUGUUGGACUAUCGGCAAGAACACGACCAUGCCAGAGUCUCGCCGCAUCAUCCCACACUUGGCGACUGGUGUCGUCGGCAACACGAACAAAUGUGCCGCCAGGAAUUAUCACCCAGUCGACACGCUCUGUUACAAGAAAUUGGCUUUGAAUUGGAAACGCGCGACCAAUUGUUGCAAAAAAAUUGGUUGGACAAAUGGCAUCAAUUGGUCGAAUUUCAACAACAGCACGGCCAUUGUUUCGUGUCGGAAUCCAAACACUCGACUGCUGGCAGUAAAGCAUUGGCCAAAUGGGCGGCCGCCCAACGGCAUCGGUACAAAGAGGGACGCCUGCCGCAAGAACGAAUGGACAAAUUGAACAGUAUUGGAUUUGUAUGGGAUACUAGUAGUACGACUAGUACUACUGCUGUCCACAACAAACAGAAACACAAAAACAAACAACAACCAUCACAAGAUGACGACAACAACACACAACCACAGGAAGUUUCAUCCACUAGUUGGGACGACAUGUAUCAACAAUUGGUGGAUUUCUAUCAGGACCACGGACACUUUGUGGUUCCACACUCUCAGUUUUCAACCCUCUACACAUGGAUGCAACAACAACGACAACGUCAUCACGAUGGCACACUACCUAAAAGUCAAGAAGACAAACUCCACGACACGGAUUUCAUCUGGUGUCCGACACAAGCCAAGCAAGAACAAUUGGAGUGGGAUGCCAAAUUCCAACUCCUCCACACAUUUCGACACGCCAAAGGACACACGUAUGUGCAACGAGAAGACAAUCUACAACUCUGGCGAUGGGCCGAAUACAAUGAUUGGAAACAACGACGGGGCAAAUUGCCACAACAGUUGAAUAAUCGACUCGAUGCCAUUGGAUUUUGGGAUCCACCGCCACGAGAACAAAAUGUCGAAGAAGCGGGGGGGAAACGCAACAAUCACAACAAUAAGAAAACGGCUAGUAAUACGAAUGGCAAGAAAACAAAGAAUGGCAGUAGCAAGGCGGCCAAGAAAAAUAGCAAAUCCAAUGGAAGAGCCAAAAAGGGCAAACCGUACGCGUCUUUGAAACCCAAAGCCAAAACACCAAACCGAGAACUGUUAAACUUGGCCGACUAUCUAAAGGCAUCCACAUCGAAAAAGGGAAAAGGAGGAAAGAGCAAAUCCAAGAGAAAACGUCGUCGGCGCAGUUCUCUUGGCAAUGACGACGAUGAUGAAGAGGAGCCACCAAAAAACGCAAAAGCCAAGACAAGAAAGGAAAGAAAGCGUCCUUCCCCUAUUGAUGAGGAAGAGGAAAAACAAAGAACGCCCAAAGCCAAAUCAAAAUCAAAGAGCAAACGUCCUUCCGUAGAUGAUGAAGAGGAAGAAGAGGAGGAUGAUUCAAAGCCACCAGCAAAACGACAACGCACCAAAGACACCACUCGCACCAAUAAACAGACGCACAAGAAGAAGGAGCAGGAGGAACAAAGCAUUUCGUCCAAGGCAAAACGCAAAAAGGCGCAUAAGGUUGGAGAAGAUUCAGAUGACGAUGAAGAGGAUACAAAACCUGCAGCAAAGGUUCCACAGAAGCAAAAAGUGGGCAAGCGCAAAAAGGCACCAAGUGUCGAGGACGACGAAGAAGAAACUCCUUCGUCAAAGGGUCCGCGUCGACAGGUGAUCAAAAAGCGCGGGAAAGACGACGAAGACAGUAAGCUGCCGGCCAGAGCCCGUCAACAGAAAAAGAUUGCCAAGAGCAAAAAGGAAGAACCAGAGGAGGAGGAAGAAGAGGAAUCGCCUGCAAGGCCUCAACGAAGACGGGUAGCCAAACGCAACAAGGAACCAGUGCAGGAAGAAGAAGAAACCCCUCCUCCUCCAGCAGCAGCAGCAAGUGCUCGCCGUAGAUCGGCGACCAACGGCAAGAAGGAAGCAACGGAAGACGACAAAAAGCCUCCAGCCAAGGGAAAACGGAAAAAGGCUCCCAGGCAAAGAGUCGACAAGGAAGAAGAACGAGAGGAGGAAGAAGAAGAGGGCAGAAAACCUCCAGCACGGCUACAAAGCCGAAAAAAUCAAUCUACCGUUCUUGCCGCAUCCUCGAUGGAAGACAGCGAUGGUAAGGAAGAGGAUCAGGAUGAAGAUUCUGUCUUUACAACACCCUAUCAAGUGGGUACCAAGGUUCUCAAGUACUUUAGCCGCCACGGUUGGUACGAGGGAGAAAUCAUAUCAAUCUACCAAGGGAACAUGUUCAAGAUCCGCUACGAAGAUCAGGACGAAGAAACGUUUGAGCUUCCCAAGGAGCAAAAGGCCUUGGACCAGAUCAUUGAAAAUGCACGACAAACCCGGGCUCCUCGGCACGCAGUGGGCACGGUCGUGAAGAAAUACUUUGAAGGUCACGGAUGGUUUGAGGGCAAAGUUGCUGGCUAUGAGGCCAAGGAUGAAACCUACAAGGUGCGAUACCAAGACGGCGACGAGGAAACGUACGAAAUGCCCAAGGAGCAGAAGGAGUUGGAUGAGGUGGUUUCCAAUGCUGCGAAGUUGCAUCACAAAAUUGGGACGGCAGUGAAGAAGUUCUUUGAGGGGAAUGGUUGGUUCGAGGGUCACAUUGUGAAGAUGGAAAUCGAUCGGUACAAGGUGCGCUACGACGAUGGGGAUGAGGAGGAAUAUCUCUUUGAUAACGACUUGAAACAGUUGGAUUCAAUUGUUGGGUGUGCCAGAAGCCAAUGA